CGAGCCCUGGGAAAGAAUCCGAAACCACAAAAAUUAUCCAAAACAAUGGCCACCUCGAAGCUUCUAGCUUCCACCCUCCGCAAAACCCUAACCACCUCUUCCUCCUUCCGCCGCUUCUCCACUGCAGCGGCAGAAGCAGUCGCGCCGGCAUCAGAACCCGAAGAUUCCAUGACAAUAAAAGGCGUGAAAAUCUCAGCUCGUCCUCUCUAUCUCGACAUGCAAGCAACAUCUCCAGUAGACCCUAGGGUUCUCGACGCGAUGCUCCCUUACUAUCUCGCUCGCUAUGGCAACCCUCACUCACGGACUCACCUUUACGGCUGGGAAUCCGAUCAAGCCGUCGAAACGGCCCGCUCUCAGAUCGCCGAUUUAAUUGGCGCGUCGCCGAAAGAAAUUGUCUUCACUUCAGGAGCGACGGAGUCUAAUAAUAUUUCAGUCAAAGGAGUUAUGAAGUUUUAUAAGGAAAAGAAACGACAUGUCGUUACUACUCAGACGGAGCAUAAGUGUGUUUUGGAUUCUUGCAGGCAUCUUCAGCAAGAGGGUUUUGAGGUUACGUAUUUGCCUGUUGGGAAUGAUGGCAUUGUUGAUUUGGAGAAGCUGAAGGGAUCGAUUCGGCCGGAUACUGGUCUUGUUUCGGUGAUGGCGGUGAAUAAUGAGAUUGGUGUGAUUCAGCCAAUGGAGGAGAUUGGGGAAAUUUGUAAGGAGUUGAAUGUUCCAUUUCAUACGGAUGCUGCGCAAGCGUUAGGGAAGAUUCCGAUUGAUGUGGAUAAGUGGAAUGUGAGUUUGAUGUCUUUGAGUGGGCAUAAGAUUUAUGGGCCGAAAGGGGUUGGUGCUUUGUAUAUGCGUAGGCGGCCAAGGAUAAGGGUGGAGCCCCAAAUGAAUGGGGGUGGACAAGAGAGAGGGAUAAGAAGUGGGACGGUGCCUACUCCUUUAGUCGUGGGAAUGGGGGCAGCCUGUGAAUUGGCGAAAAAGGAAAUGGAGUAUGAUGAUAAGAGGAUUAGGGCGUUGCAAGAGAGGAUGUUGAAUGGUGUUAGGGCUAAGCUUGAUGGUGUUGUGGUGAAUGGGAGUGUUGAGAGGAGGUAUGCUGGGAAUUUGAAUCUCUCGUUUGCUUACGUUGAAGGAGAGAGUUUGUUGAUGGGGUUGAAGGAUGUGGCUGUGUCAAGUGGGAGUGCUUGUACGAGUGCUAGUUUGGAGCCUUCAUAUGUGCUGAGGGCAUUAGGGGUGGAUGAGGACAUGGCACAUACCUCCAUUAGGUUUGGAAUUGGGAGGUUUACCACGGAGGAGGAGAUUGAUAGGGCAAUUGAGCUCACGGUGCAGCAAGUUGAGAAGUUGAGGGAAAUGAGCCCGCUUUAUGAGAUGGUAAAGGAAGGGAUUGAUAUUAAGCAGAUUCAAUGGGCACAACACUGAUUGGAUUAGACUAAUGCUAUGAAUAUCACUGUGGGGUAAGCAAGGAGCUUGCGAUGUGGAUCUUCUGCCAUUAAGAAUAGCUUGUUGGGUCAAGUGUAUGCAGAAGGGAUGGGUGUCAGCAUCCAGGUUCUUACUCUAUGAUUUCGUUGUACAUGCCUUUGAGAACUUUCAUAAUUUAUCAAUGAUAGAAUUUUGGAACUAGUUAUCUUAAAUUAUACUGUCUGUUUAUUUUGUCUAGACACUCUUUUUGACACCAAGAGCAAUAAAGUGUGCUUCUAGGUUGAUGUACUACUUAUUUUCUAAUGGAUGGGUGGAUGGAUUUGUACCA